UCAGUGGUAGUUUAAAUUCACAGAAAAUUAAAUAGCCAAAAAUUUAAUUUUGAAAACAUCCACCAUGUCGGCAGUGAGUCUCCUGAAUCCCAAGGCCGAAAUUGCCCGGGCUGCCCAGGCCCUCGGUAUAAAUAUAGCUGGGGCAAUGGGUCUGCAGAAACUAAUGGCCUCCAAUCUGGGUCCGAAGGGCACCACCAAGAUGCUUGUUUCGCCAGCUGGCGACAUCAAGAUCACCAAGGAUGGCAAUGUGCUGCUCCACGAGAUGAACAUCCGUCAUCCCACGGCGAACAUGAUUGCCAGGGCGAGCACUGCCCAGGAUGAUUCCCUGGGAGAUGGAACUACGACCACGGUGCUCCUGAUUGGUGAGCUCCUGAAGCAGGCCGAGUUGCUCAUCGCAGAGGGACUGCAUCCUCGGAUCUUAGUGGAGGGUAUAAUGUUGGCCAAGGAGCGCUCCUUGGAGGUACUUCAAUCCCUCAAGAUUCCUACUGGAUUGGAAAGGGAAGACCUGAUCCCGGUGGCCAGAACCAGUUUGAGAAGCAAAUUGGAUCCUGGCCUGGCUGACAUGCUCACGGAUAUAUGCGUAGAUGCCAUCCUGGCUAUUCGUGGUGAUGGAAGUGGCAACCUGGAUCUCAACAUGAUUGAACUCAUGGAAAUGCUGCAGCACACGGCCUUAGAAACCCAGCUCAUUGAGGGACUGGUUCUGGAUCACGGUGGACGCCAUGUGAAUAUGCCAAAAAGCCUUCAGGAUGCCUACAUCCUGAUCUGCAAUGUAUCCCUGGAACUGGAGAAAACCUCGGUGACCUCGGGGUUUUGCUAUAAAAGCGCCGAGGAGCUGGAGAAAUGUGUUACCGAGGAACACCGCUUCAUUGAUCUGCGUCUGGCCAAGAUUAUAGAACUGAAGAAUCGAGUUUGUAAGGACAGCCAAAAGGGAUUCGUGGUCAUCAACCAAAAGGGCAUCGAUGUGCCUUCUCUGGAAGCUUUGGCUAAGGAAGGGAUUCUUGGCUUGAGGCGGGCCAAAAGCAGGAACAUGGAGCGUUUGGUCAGAGCCUGUGGCGGAGAAGCCUUGAAUUCUCUGGAGGAUUUGCAGGAGGAGCACCUGGGAUUCGCCGCCUCGGUUCGUGAGGAGCAGCUGGGCGAGACAAAGUACACCUUUGUGGAGCACUGCCGGAAUCCCACGUCCGUUACGAUCUUGAUUCGCGGACAAGCUCGUCAUCAGAUAUCCGCGAUUAAAGACGCCAUACGCGAUGGUCUUCAUGCGAUUCGGAAUGCCAUCCAGGACUCCUGUGUGAUUCCAGGAGCUGGAGCCUUCGAAAUGAGAGCCCACCAGGAACUCCUUGAGUUUAAGAACUCCGUCAAGGGAAAGGCUCAGUUGGGAGUUCAACUCUUCGCCGAGGCCUUGUUGGUAAUACCCAAAACCUUGGCCACAAACAGUGGAUUUGAUGUUCAGGACACCAUUGUCAAGCUAAUAGAAGCCCAACGAGAGGCGAAGGAAUCUCCCGUAGGACUUGACCUGGCUACUGGAGAACCCAUGGACCCGACGUCUGUCGGCAUUUUGGACAACUUCUGUGUCCUGCGGCAAAUCCUAGAGUCCUGCUCUGUUAUUGCCAGCAAUCUUCUGCUUACCGAUGAAAUAAUGCAGGCCGGCAUGACCUCUCUGAAGGGUUAAAUGCUGAGAAUACCUCAAUA